AUGAGAGCAUCAGCUGUUCCAGACGACUGUGUGAUCACGCUCACCGUAGCCGACGUGACGGCUGAGGACGGCUCACCUCUCACAGUCCUGGGCGACUUUAACCUCCCCACGGCUGCCUUCGAUACUGUGAACCAUCAGAUCCUCCUCUCCACCCUCUCCGAGUUGGGCAUCUCCGGUGCGGCCCACGCUUGGAUUGCGUCCUACCUGACAGGUCGCUCCUACCAGGUGGCGAAUCGCAUCUCUGCAUGUCUGGCAGACAUAUCAGUGUGGAUGACGGAUCACCACCUCAAGCUGAACCUCGGCAAGACGGAACUGCUCUUCCUCCCGGGGAAGGACUGCCCGUUCCAUGAUCUCGCCAUCACGGUUGACAACUCCAUUGUGUCCUCCUCCCAGAGCGCUAAGAACCUUGGCGUGAUCCUGGACAACACCCUGUCGUUCUCAACCAACAUCAUGGCGGUGGCCCGUUCCUGUAGGUUCAUGCUCUACAACAUCCGCAGAGUACGACCCUGCCUCACACAGGAAGCGGCGCAGGUCCUAAUCCAGGCACUUGUCAUCUCCCGUCUGGAUUACUGCAACUCGCUGUUGGCUGGGCUCCCUGCCUGUGCCAUUAAACCCCUACAACUCAUCCAGAACGCCGCAGCCCGUCUGGUGUUCAACCUUCCCAAGUUCUCUCACGUCACCCCGCUCCUCCGCUCUCUCCACUGGCUUCCAGUUGAAGCUCGCAUCCGCUACAAGACCAUGGUGCUUGCCUACGGAGCUGUGAGGGGAACGGCACCGCAGUACCUCCAGGCUCUGAUCAGGCCCUACACCCAAACAAGGGCACUGCGUUCAUCCACCUCUGGCCUGCUCGCCUCCCUACCACUGAGGAAGUACAGUUCCCGCUCAGCCCAGUCAAAACUGUUCGCUGCUCUGGCCCCCCAAUGGUGGAACAAACUCCCUCACGACGCCAGGACAGCGGAGUCAAUCACCACCUUCCGGAGACACCUGAAACCCCACCUCUUCAAGGAAUACCUAGGAUAG